AUGAAACUUUUACUCUUUAUAUUUCUCAUAAUACGACCUGAGCAAUAUUUUUUUCAACAAUUUAUACAAAAUGAUACUUAUGCGAUUGAAAAUCGUUUACAACAAUUACAUAAAUCAUCGGAAAAUAAUUCAAUUAAAUCUAUAUUAUCAAAUAAAAUUUUUCUUUUUAGUAUUCCAUGUCUUUUCAUAGUAAUAAUAGCAACUGUAUUGACUAUUUAUUUAACUAAAGAUCAAAUGAAAGAUUUUGUUAAUCGUAUGGGUAUAAAUCAACGUGGUCCAGUUAUACAUGAAUUCAAUCCACAUGGUUUAACAUUAUCAAAUGAUCAAUCUCAUAGUAGAAUACCUAAUGAUAAUAAUAAAUUAAUAUUUGUUAAUGAAAGACAGAAACGAGAACAUACAUCGAAUAAAUAUCAACAAAAUUCAAUAUCUGAUCAUCGACGUUCACAAUCGGCAACUGAUCUGUUUUUAUAUCGAUAA